AUGUCAUGUCAUCUCGCAUUCCGCGUCGAUGCAGUACAUUUGGGUGAACGGAAAAAAAUUGGAAGGGUGAGAUGCCUGCUUGUCUAUCUCCAAUUACUGCGCUCUUCCCCCGGGGAUACAAGGCUUGUGAGCCUGAAGAAGAUAUAUUACUUGAAAGGAUGGAAUUGCUGGACAAAUGGCUCGCAAUACUUGCCAAUCAAGUCUGCCUUGAAGUAUAACGGGCUGCCCGAGGAGCGCAUGAAUGGCUUGUCUGAUAAUCAAUACCUUAAUCUGAUUGUUGUCGCGGCGCAUGGCCUCGGCCUUAUGUUUGAUGUCCCCUUAGGGGGCAUCAACGAGUCCACAACACCUUAUCCCGCGGUUGUGGGCCCAGAUCAUUCCAGCUGUUUUGUAAAGCCGCAGAACCCGCAUCUCUUCGGUAGCUGCUCGAGAUCAUCAGGGCGUCAGAAGUCGAUCACAUCAAAUGACAGUGCCAACCUGCCUUCAGCGAUUCAGGAUGGGUUUGUCAGCGAAGGUGAAUUCUCCGUCGUCACGUUACCGACCGCCGGGCAUCUAGCUGCAUGCGGC